AUGACCAUGUUAAUGAACAUGAUGAAUGAUAUGAUCCAUGGAGGGAAACCAUUAGAGGAUUCCGCUGUGAAUGCUAUAAAUGAGGUUCUAAAUAAUGAUGAGUUCGACAUGAUAGUGUCUGAUGAUCAAGAACCUAUUAGUGAGUAUGAAAUAAUCAGAUCUGAGAACACCGACAGACCAUGGGAUCGCUUCCUCCGUCACUGGACCUCCCAUCUCCACCGUCGGAGAAGCAACAAAUUUCCGAAACUACCCUUCUCGACCUCUUCAAAUUCCAACAGAACCACCUCAAUUACUUCUUCCAAAACCUUGACUUGUCCUAAGCAUUGUCCUUCACCCAAAACUCCUCAAUUCCCGUGGCACCAUUUUCUUCUCCGGAGUCGAAAAAUCGGGAUUUUUCGCCAACAAGAUCUCCCAAACCCUAGUUUCCUCGGCAUACGCUCCUCUUUCCUCUCCCCUCUCGACGCCCUCCACGGUGACAUCGGCGCAAUCUCAUCCGCCGACGUCCUCGUCCUCUUCUCGAAAUCCGGCUCCACCGAAGAACUCCUCUGUCUGUUUCCCUCUGUUAGAGCCAAGGGGGCUUAUCUCAUUUCGGUUACCUCCGUUUCCAACAAUGCAUUGUCCAAUGCUUGCGAUUUGAAUAUGCAUUUUCCGUUGGAGAGGGAGUUGUGUCCGUUCAAUCUGGCGCCGGUGACUUCGACUGCGAUCCAGAUGGUAUUUGGGGACACCGUGGCUAUUGCGCUUAUGGGGGCUAGGAACUUGACUAAGGAGCAAUACGCUGCGAAUCAUCCCGCUGGGAGGAUUGGGAAAAGCCUAUUUUCAAGGUAAAAGAUGUGAUGAAGAAGCGGGAUGAACUUCCAAUUUGCAAGGAAGGAUAUUUCAUAAUGGACCAGCUGGUGGAGCUGACUAGUAAAGGAUGCGGAUGCUUGCUGGUUAUAACGAUGAAUAUCACUUGCUCGGCACAUUUACGGAUGGAGAUUUGCGGCGUACUCUUAAGGCCAGUCGAGAAGCCAUAUUCAAGCUCACU